AGCGAGGCAGGAGCGAAUGCAGCAGCCGUCAGCCCCGGAGCCCGGCGGCGGCAGCAGCAGCGCGAGGAGGAGACAGCAGCCAGCCGCAGUCGCCGCCGCAGCCGCGGGAGCAAUGCGGACAGCAUCUUGAGGACGCGCUAAAGCACCCCAAACGGUGGACGAUGCCGUGUCACUGCAACUGGGAGGGGGGCAAAGCAGAAUUUUUUUGACAUAAAAGCCAGCCAGCCAAAAAUAUAUAUUUGUCCUUCACGGAGCCGGUGUGUAAAGAGUGAGCGUUGUUUGCCCUCGCCUCCUCCUCUCCUCUCCUCCUCCUCCCCCUCCUCCCCCUCCUCCUCCCCUUCUUUUCCUCCUCCUCCUCCUCCUCCCCCCCCUCCCUAAGUGUACAGACAGCAUCACAUCACCUGGUUUGCUUCUGAGAAACAGCAUCCCUCCUUUUCAGGGACCAGAGACUCAGAGAGAGGAGACAUUCUAAUGGAGUCUGCUUGAUACCCCGAAAUAAAAUAAUAAAUUUUGGCUCUUGUCGCCUCCUCCCACCCCACCCCCUCAACCCUGUGUGAGAUGUUGGGUUUCUUCUUCAUGAGACAUUGUUGAGAAGUCGCAGUGGCUGGAGAGCGUAGGGGGUAGACUACCUCUACUCCCCCCCCCCUUUUUUCUCUCUGGGAGGAGGAGGAGGAGGGGAAGGGGGCUUGCCGAGCAAGCGAUGGAUGAGGAAAACAUGACGAAAAGCGAGGAGCAGCAACCUCUGAGUUUGCAAAAAGCCUUGCAGCAGUGCGAGUUGGUCCAAAACAUGAUAGACCUGAGCAUCUCCAACCUGGAAGGGCUUAGGACCAAAUGUGCCACCUCCAACGACCUCACACAAAAAGAGAUCCGGACCCUGGAGAGCAAGCUGGUGAAAUACUUCAGCCGUCAGCUGUCCUGCAAAAAGAAGGUGGCCCUUCAGGAGCGCAACGCGGAGCUGGACGGCUUCCCCCAGCUCCGGCACUGGUUCCGGAUCGUCGAUGUGCGCAAGGAAGUCUUGGAGGAAAUCACCCCCGGCCAGCUGAGUCUGGAGGACCUCUUGGAGAUGACAGAUGAGCAGGUGUGUGAGACCGUGGAGAAAUACGGAGCCAACCGGGAGGAGUGCGCCCGUCUCAAUGCCUCCCUGUCCUGCCUCCGGAAUGUCCACAUGUCAGGAGGCAACCUUUCCAAACAAGACUGGACCAUCCAGUGGCCCACCACGGAAACAGGGAAGGAAAACAACCCUGUGUGCCCCCCGGAGCCCACCCCGUGGAUCCGCACGCACCUCCCCCAGAGCCCCAGGGUCCAGACCAAGUGUGUCCAGCGCUACUGUCAUGCCAGCCCCUCGCCCGGGGCCCCCGUGUACACGCAUGUGGACAGGCUCAGCGUGGAUGCCUACCCGGGUCUGUGCCCGCCACCACCACUGGAGUCAGGCCACCGUUCCCUGCCCCCGUCGCCCCGGCAGCGGCAUGCUGUCCACACCCCACCGCGCACCCCCAAUAUCGUCACCACCGUGACCCCACCUGGUACACCACCCAUGAGGAGGAAGAACAAGCUGAAGCCCCCGGGGACCCCACCGCCCUCCUCCCGGAAGCUGAUCCACUUGAUUCCAGGUUUCACGGCCCUGCAUCGAAGCAAGUCCCAUGAAUUUCAGCUGGGUCAUCGUGUGGAUGAGGCCCACACACCCAAAGCCAAGAAGAAAAGCAAGCCCUUGAACCUCAAGAUUCACAGCAGCGUGGGCAGCUGCGAGAACAUUCCCUCUCAGCAGCGCUCCCCCCUCCUGUCGGAGCGCUCCCUCCGCUCCUUCUUUGUGGGACACGCACCUUUCCUGCCCUCCACCCCUCCUGUCCACACCGAGGCCAACUUCUCUGCAAACACACUGUCCGUGCCGCGCUGGUCCCCGCAGAUCCCUCGCAGAGACCUCGGCAACUCCAUCAAGCACAGGUUUUCCACCAAGUACUGGAUGUCUCAGACGUGCACCGUCUGUGGGAAAGGAAUGCUUUUUGGCCUCAAGUGUAAAAAUUGCAAAUUAAAGUGCCACAACAAAUGCACCAAAGAAGCCCCUCCCUGUCAUCUCCUGAUCAUCCACCGAGGAGAUCCAGCAAGGUUAGUCCGAACAGAGUCCGUCCCGUGUGACAUCAACAACCCUCUACGAAAGCCACCCCGGUAUUCGGACCUGCACAUCAGCCAGACGCUCCCUAAAACCAACAAAAUCAGCAAGGACCACAUCCCUGUCCCUUACCAGCCAGACUCUAGCAGCAAUCCCUCAUCCACAACGUCCUCCACGCCUUCCUCGCCAGCACCCCCCCUCCCUCCCAGCGCCACGCCGCCUUCUCCCCUGCACCCUUCCCCUCAGUGCACGAGGCAGCAGAAGAACUUCAACCUGCCAGCGUCCCACUACUACAAAUACAAGCAGCAGUUCAUCUUCCCAGAUGUGGUGCCGGUGCCAGAGACACCGACCCGGGCGCCCCAGGUCAUCCUGCAUCCAGUGACCUCGAAUCCAAUCUUGGAAGGAAAUCCAUUACUUCAAAUUGAAGUGGAGCCAACCUCAGAGAAUGAAGAGGGCCAUGAUGAGGCUGAAGAGUCGGAGGACGACUUCGAGGAGAUGAACUUGUCCUUGCUCUCAGCCCGGAGCUUCCCGCGCAAGGCCAGCCAGACCAGCAUCUUCCUGCAGGAGUGGGACAUCCCUUUUGAGCAACUGGAGGUUGGCGAGCUCAUCGGCAAGGGCCGCUUCGGGCAGGUGUACCACGGCCGCUGGCAUGGCGAGGUGGCCAUCCGGCUGAUUGACAUCGAGAGAGAUAACGAGGAGCAGCUCAAGGCCUUCAAGCGGGAGGUGAUGGCCUACAGGCAGACACGCCAUGAGAACGUGGUGCUCUUCAUGGGCGCCUGCAUGAGCCCGCCCCACCUGGCCAUCAUCACCAGCCUGUGUAAGGGACGGACGCUCUAUUCUGUGGUGAGGGACGCCAAAAUCGUCUUGGAUGUCAACAAAACGAGGCAGAUUGCUCAAGAAAUUGUGAAGGGCAUGGGCUACCUCCAUGCAAAGGGGAUCCUUCACAAGGACCUCAAGUCAAAGAAUGUCUUCUAUGACAACGGCAAAGUGGUGAUCACAGACUUCGGGCUCUUCAGCAUUUCCGGGGUGCUGCAGGCCGGCAGGCGGGAGGACAAGCUACGCAUCCAGAACGGCUGGCUCUGCCACCUGGCACCAGAGAUCAUCCGUCAGCUGUCUCCCGACACAGAAGAGGACAAACUCCCCUUCUCUAAGCACUCAGACGUCUUUGCGCUCGGCACAAUUUGGUAUGAACUCCACGCCAGGGAGUGGCCUUUCAAGACCCAACCAGCAGAGGCAAUAAUCUGGCAAAUGGGCACAGGCAUGAAACCCAACCUCAGCCAGAUCGGCAUGGGAAAAGAAAUCUCGGACAUUCUUCUCUUUUGCUGGGCUUUUGAACAAGAAGAAAGACCUACCUUCACUAAGCUCAUGGACAUGCUGGAGAAACUGCCAAAGCGGAACCGCCGCCUGUCUCACCCCGGACAUUUCUGGAAGUCUGCAGAGCUGUGACCAUUGGACAGAGGGACAGCGCUCAGCUGCCUCAGCCCCCGAGCCACCUCUCCUUCCCUGCUCUGCCCUCUGCCAGCUCAGGAGGCCAGAGGCUCACCGUCAGAGGGUACCGACCCCGGCCGGCCUGGGAGCACUGCACGACUGAGCUCGGCAGCUUCCCCACUCCCCAGACCCGUGCCCUUUUGCCCGGGGGAAGGUUCGGGACCCCUGCGCUAGGACUUACCGGGGCCAGCCAGGGAGACGCGGGAUUGAUCCGUGCGGCCCCGGGGCUGUGUCAAGAAGAGAACUGGAGGCUGAAGGUGGAGCCCCUGGACCAAGGAGGCGAGAGCAGGAGGCCCACGUGGGCAGGCUCACAGGACCGGUCUGUGUGUACGUGUGUGGCUCAGUGCGCAAUGCUGUUUGCUCUCGAUCCCCCGUGACAAGCAAGAGCCCCCCGCUGCCCCAGCCCUGGAGCACCCCUCGGCUGACUUGGUCCCUGGGUGGUGGGUCCCAGCUGCACUCUCUAGAAAGAUGGGGUGGGGUAGGGAGCUGAGGCCACAGGGCCAGGACCUGGGCCGGGGAGCUCAGCUGUUCCUUUGUAAACAUCUGUUCUCAGAAGCUCCCACCCAAGCCUGUCACGAUCUGUGGCUCCUUUGCACGUGGCUCCGAAGUGCACAAAACAGUCUUGCAUGUCCUUGAGUUCUGGGUCUCUCUGGGGCAUGGUUCCCCAUGUCUGCCACCUUCUCCUGUUCUGUGAGGGCGCCGUCCCUUUACGCCUUACUGCUCCCAUGCUCCCCUGCCAUUUGAAAAGCACAGUGGCUUCCCGGCCAAGUGGACUUCUGGGGGCUCCUUGCAGCUCACCUUCAUCCUUGACACCCCCCUGAAGUCUGGGCCCUGAGAGCUGGGGGUCUGGGGAGGAAGUUCUAGAACACUCCUUCUCUCUCCUCCUGCUCUGGCAUUGACACCAGCUAAGUUUGUCCACCACAGUGACAGGCGCGGGUCCCUGAUAGACGUGUGUUGGAUUAUAUGACAUAUGCACGGCACCUUGUUUUGCAAAGGAUCCCCCCGCUCUUUUUUACCCUUAGUAAGUCCCCUGGGGGAGGUGAGGAGGAAGGCUGUAAAGGUUUUGCGUUCUCAGCUCCAGCCUGGUGCUGAGUCUCAGAGUGGUUUCCCCAUGAGAGGUCUGUCUUGUGCUUGCUCAGUGCUCAUGCCUUCCAUCCCUCCCUCUCUCUCCCUCCUGGGCUGGUGGCUUUUCCCAGCCACCUUGGGAUCAAGUGUGCAGGAAGGAUCCAGGAAGCAGGUCGGGCAGUCAAAGUAAUGCAGUGAGCCUCUUGUCUUAUGUUCUUAUGUUCCACCCCUUAUGAGGGGAUGUCUUCUGUUCCCAAAGCCCAUCUGACCUGGCACCAAAAGGAAACCUGUCUCCCAGCAGGGCGGUUGCAGGGCAGCUGGGCAGCAGGUAGGAUGCCCAGGGUCAGCCCACAGCCUCUCUGUCCUCCCUGGGCACUGCCCAGGCUUGAUUUUCUUCUGGUCACUACCUUAUCCUGACGUCACCCUCCCAGAGAGGGGACCUAAGACUUCAAAAAUCCUACCUGAGCUCAGACUCAACAUCCUGUGUGGGGGGUCUUCCCCACCUUGGGUGAUCUCCAGGCUGAUUCAUGCUCUGGGAGCCAAGCCUGCUUUCCAAACUGGGAAAAAUAAUGAGAUAGUCAUGCUUCUGGAGCCUCUGGCCAGGGGGUACCCCUGAGCCUCCUAGAGGGCCUUCCUGAAUGGGCUCCCACCUGCACAGGACCAGAGACUAAAGGCCCCCCUGUGGGCUAGUGGGCUAGUCCUAAGCGGAUGUACCUCUUCUGAGGACUUCUAUUACUGUGGCUCCUGGCUCAACACUUGUGUGUCUUGGGGCCGUUUUAUACAUACCUGCACAAAUCCCAGCAAGCCAGCUGGUGGACCAACCCCGAACAUGGGCUUGGGCCUGCCUCGGCUCUGCCCACCAGCUCCCCAAAGGCCUGAGAUCCAAUCCUGGCUCCUCUUUAAUCCAAUCAGGACUUCUGGGGUCCAUGGACCCCAGUCUUUGUCAUGGACCUGAGUGUGGGAAAGAAAAUGAGGCCGGGAAGGAGCAGGCCGGACACAGCUACCCUGCAGCUGAAACGCUCACCAGGACUGCUCCCUCCUGCCGCUCUCAUUUCCAGAAUUCACUCACAUGGUCCCCCAGAGCCUUUGGCAAGACCCGGGGUAGGGGGUGCUCCAAAGGCUGAUUUUUCCAUCUGUUCACGAGAACCAGCUUAAGAUUAAGGACAAGGUCUGAGGGAUCCAGGGGGAUACCCCAGCCUUCCUGUCUCCCUAGGAGUUUCUCUGCUUUGCAAAACAGGGUUCCUUGGGUCUGUCCUUGGCCCCAUGUCACCUGCUCUUGACUUUUCUCCCUCUUCACACGUCCUUACUUUGCCCAAACCUUCCUCAGUCUCCAGCAGCCAGGCUUCUGAAGCCCCUCCCUGCCACCCUCCUCCUGGUGACGCCACCCUGAAUUGUUUAGAGGGCACUUUUCAUUUGCAGACAUUGCAAUUCAAGGAAGAACCAAAUCUCUGCUUUCCCUGCUGACCUCAAUCUUAUUCAUGAGUCAAAUAUUGGGAGGAGGUCACAUUCAUUAAUCUUUUGCAAGGAAGAAAAGAAAAAAAGGUGGGAGGUGUGUGUAUGUUUACAUAGUCAUUGCCAGCUUCGCCUAUGACUCAUUCUAUAGAAUCCACACAACAAAGACUGUGUGUGUGGGUGUGUGUGUGUGUGUGCGCGUGUGUGUGCGUGCGUGCGCGCUUGUCCCCGUCACCGCUGUGUGCAGGUGCCCUGUGCCCGACAGCGAGUUGGUUAUCCCUGGGCCCUGCUCUGAGCAAACCCUUACCUACACAGGCUUCCCAAGUGCACCAGUCCCCAGGGUGAAGAUGCCCCGGGGAAGCCUUGACCUUGCCUUCUUUGAAGGGCAUGUGGAUUUGCACCCUUGAAUGCCACCCAACUUCCCAGGCCACGUGCAUUUCCUGCAAUGGGGCCCCCUUUCCAGGGGGCACCCCCUUGGCCAUAUGUGGGGAUAUCCCCAUGCGUGAAGCUGGAGACUCAAAGUCUUUACUUAAUUCUGUUUCAUCCCGGUUUUCCUUUUGCUGGUCAAAGGGGGAAACCCCAUCUUGCGGCAGAGCCCCUGUCUUUCUGGCUUCUUGGUCCAUAGGAGCCCUGGAUUGAUCUCUGACAACUCGACUUUUGUGUCCAGGAUACCUGGUCCUGCCCCUUUCCCACCCCACGCCCACAAAACCAGACUUCAUCUCCUCCCACAGGUUUUGUCCCCCGCCACUGCCAGUGGCUGAUCAUCUAAGGAAAUGGUAUACGUUUAGCCCAGGCCCAAUCUCCGUCUUGCAAAAUCUAGAACUGGGGUUGGCAAAGUAUGGCCCAGGGCCAUAUCCAACCUCCCCCCCCCCCCCCCCCGCCGCUGACAGUUUUUACGUUCUCUAAUUGAGGAAAAACCAGAAGAAUAUUUCAUAAUACGUGAAAACUCCAUAGAAUUCAAGUGUCAAUAAACGAAAUCAUAUUGGCCCGCGGCCGCCGCCAUUCAUUUCCAUACGAACUACGGGGUUUGUGUCCUGGUGACAGAGACAGUGUGGCCCAUAAAGCAGAAAAUACUUCUUUUUUUUAUUUUUAUUUUUUUUAAGAUUUUUUAAAUUUAUUUAAUUGACAGAGAGGGAGACACACACACAGCGAGAGCAGGAACACAA